CUUGAGUAGGAAUCCGUUGACAAGCACCAAGCUUUUCAAGAUGGCCCUUCUCACAAUUCUUAGAAUUCUUUUUUGGGGAAUGGUGUUUUUUAUGGAACAUAGGGUCCAAAUGGCAAAGGCAGGAUGGCCUUCCAACACCCCUCUUGCUGACGAACCCACAUUGCCCUUGAUUCUGGAUCUGGCAAAAGAAGUCCCUGAUAAGGAGAUGAAGCCAUGGCCCCAAGGAUAUCCCCUGAGGUAUAUGCUGAAAUUGUACCAGCGUUCAGCUGACCUGCACGGGCAUCCUAGGGAGAACCGCACCGUUGGAGCUAAAAUGGUGAGGCUGGUAAAGCCCUCGGCCAAUUCAGUAAGGCCUCUCAGAGGUUCCUGGCAUGUACAGAUCCUGGACUUUCCUCUAGCAUCAAACGAGGUAGCAUACCAACUAAUCCGAGCCACUGUGGUUUACCGUCAUCAACUUCAUCUAGUUCAUUACCAUCUCUCCUGCCAUGUGGAACCUUGGGUCCCCAAAUGCGUGACCAAGCACUUUCCUUCUUCUGAAGCAGGUUCCUCAAAGCCACCUCCCAUGUCUAAAGCCUGGACAGAGAUGGAUAUUACACACUGUGUUCAGCAGAGGCUCUGGAAUCGCAAGGGGCGGCGAGUCCUUCGCCUUCGCUUCAUGUGUCAGCAGCAAAAAGGCAGUAAGGUUCUUGAGUUCCAGUGGCAUAGCAUGUCAUCCUUGGAUGUCGCCUUCUUGCUACUCUAUUUCAAUGACACUGACAAGAGUGUUCAGGCUAAACUUCUUGUACAAAGCCAAGAGGAGUUAAUUGAUAGGGAAUCUUCUCUUCUUGUGCGGAGUGCCCGGCAAGCAUGCAGCAUUGCAUCUGAUGUCCCUUGUCGUUCUCAGGAACAUUAUGGGUCUGUAAAGAACCAGUGUUCCCUUCACCCAUACAAGGUCAGCUUCCACCAACUAGGUUGGGAUCACUGGAUCAUUGCUCCCCGUCUCUACACUCCAAAUUACUGUAAGGGGAUCUGCAGUCGUGUGCUACCCUAUGGUCUCAAUUCACCUAACCAUGCCAUCAUUCAGAGCCUUGUGAAUGAACUAGUGAAUCACAGUGUACCUCAGCCUUCCUGUGUCCCUUAUAAUUUUCUUCCUAUGAGUAUCCUUCUGGUUGAGGCAAAUGGGAGUAUCUUGUACAAGGAGUAUGAGGGUAUGAUUGCCCAGUCCUGCACAUGUAGAUAACAGUGAAGUUGCAGCUCUCUCAGAUUUCCUAAGAAACUGGAGAAGAUAAAGAAAGCAUUAUCAGUGUUAAAGCUGGCAGUGAUCUACCCAGUUUACAGGUUAUAUUCCUUAUCCUAAAAAAAGAAAUAUUAUGCUUAUGCUUAAAAUAUAAGAUCACUUUAAAGUCUAUAAAUUAAAUGCUAUGAUCAAGUCUUAAUAUUUUAAAAAAGUAAUUUAAAUGCCAUGAAAUAGUUAUCUUUAGUAUUUAAAUCUCUUCCCUCAUUUGUGAACUCCUCUGUUUAUAAAAGUGUUUCUGGUACUGGUAGCAUAGAAUGGAUCAGUAUGAUUUAACUAGUCAGAGCCCUCAAUGCUUAGAUAAGAUGUUUUUCUGGAGAUGUGCUAUUAUGUCAUUUUUAUUGUAACUUUGGGGGGGAAAUGCUGGUCCAUGGUAGUAGAACAUGUGGAGUCCUGGAGGUGACCUCGGCUCACCUGUUUUGUGUGUCCUGCUGGAUUCUUCUGGGCAUGGGUCUCUGGAAGACAACCUUACUGCUUGGGAGGAAGUAUAGAACUCUCUCCGGGUCUAAAUGAUAUGUGUAGUAUGACUCCCUGAGUUUCUUUCCCUUUUGUGCUGCUGAGGAUAGCAAGCAAGUGCUCUAACACUGUGCUGUAUUCCCUGCCCAACUUAACUCUUCCAUAAUCCUGCAUUUAAGUGUUGGUACA